CUGUACAGUCUGCGGACCAGGGAUUUCGGUAGUUAAGUAAUUAUUAUUAGAUAUUGUGCAGUUUGAAAUCGGAAUUGGAGGAGUGGGAGUAUGUAGAAGGACACAUGGAUCAGUACAAGGAUCAGGUGAUGAUGGAGGAUCAGCAGCCCCUCACAUCACCAGUCAGAUCCAGUAAGAGAACAGCACCAGAGAGGUGUCCCCGUCCUCUUCUUCCACAGGAUGAUCAGGAAGAAGAUCUGAUCUUUAUUAAUGCUCCAGAGAUGAAGGAAGAAGAAGAGAAAGAUGUGAGCGGUGAUGAGCAGUAUAAGGAGGACAUUGCCACAGGGAAAGAUCUGAUCUAUAUUAAUUCUACAGACAUAAAGGAAGAAGAAGAAGAGACAGAUGUGAGCGGUGAUGAGCAGUAUAAGGAGGACGUUCGUACAGGGAAAGAUCUGAUCUAUAUUAAUGCUACAGACAUAAAGGAAGAAGAAGAAGAGACAGAUGUGAACAGUGAUGAGCAGUAUAAGGAGGACAUUUCUAUAGGGAAAAAUCUGAUCUAUAUUAAUACUACAGAUAUAAAGGAAGAAGAAGAGACAGAUGUGAGCCGUGAUAAGCAGUAUGAGGACAUUCCUAUAGGGAAAGAUCUGAGCUAUAUUAAUGCUACAGACAUAAAGGAAGAAGAAGAGACAGAUGUGAACGGUGAUGAACAGUAUAAGGAGGGCAUUCCUACAGGGAAAGAUCUGAACUAUAUUAAUACCACAGACAUAAAGGAAGAAGAAGAGACAGAUGUGAACGGUGAUGAGCAGUAUAAGGAGGACAUUUCUACAGGUAACUGCCCAGAUGACUGUACCAGGAGAUCAGAGGAGAAUCUUAUAUCUUCAGAUUAUAAAGCAGAUGAUGAUAUCACACAAGAUACAUAUGAAGAACAUUCCAUUAUCCCAGAUACACCCUCAGCCCUUCACAGCCAAGAUCUCUCAUCUCAUCCUGUUAUACGGGGUCUAUCUUUUGAUCCGUUACAGUUUGUAAAGCAAAAUAAGAAGAAGCCAUUUUCAUGUUCAGAAUGUGGGAAAAGUUUUACUCACAAAUCAAGUCUUAGUGAACAUCAAAACAUUCACACAGGAGAGAAGCCAUUUUCAUGCACAAAAUGUGGGAAAUGUUUUACUCACAAAUCAAGUCUUCGUGAUCAUCAAAUAACACACACUGGAGAGAAGCCAUUUUCAUGUUCCGAAUGUGGGAAAUGUUUUGCUCAGAAAUCACAUCUUGUGAAACAUGAAAAAACUCACACAGGAGAGAAGCCAUUUUCAUGUUCUGAAUGUGGGAAAGGUUUUGCUCAGAAAUCAAAUCUUGUUAGACAUCAAACUACUCAUACAGGAGAGAAGCCAUUUUCAUGUUCUGAAUGUGGGAAAGAUUUUGCUCAUAAAACAAAUCUUGUUAAACAUCAAAUAAGUCACAAAGAGAAGCAAUUUUCAUGUUCAGAAUGUGGGAAAUGUUUUACUCUGAAAUCAAAUCUUGUCACACAUCAAAGAAUUCACACAGGAGAGAACUCAUUUUCAUGUGCAGAAUGUGAGAAAUAUUUUAUUCAAAAAUCAGAUCUUAUUAGACAUCAAAGAACUCACACAGGAGAGAAGCCAUUUUCAUGCACAAAAUGUGGGAAAUGUUUUACCCACAAAUCAAGUCUUAGUGAUCAUCAAAAAACUCACACAGGAGAGAAACCAUUUUCAUGUACAGAAUGUAGAAAAUGUUUUACUAUGAAAUCUAGCCUUGUUGAUCAUCAAAAAACUCACACAGGAGAGAAGCCAUUUUUAUGCACAGAAUGUGGGAGAUGUUUUACUAUGAAAUCGCAUCUUGUUAAACAUCAAAGAACCCAUACAGGGGAAAAGCCAUUUUCCUGUUCUGAAUGUGGGAAAGGUUUUGCUCAGAAAUCACAUCUUGUUAAACAUCAAAGAACUCAUACAGGGGAGAAGCCAUUUUCAUGUUCUAAAUGUGGGAAAUGUUUUAACGAUAAAUCACAUCUUGCUAUGCAUCAAAGAAGUCACAUAGCAAAGCCAUUUUCAUGUUCAGAUUGUGGGAAAUGUUUUUCUGAGAAAUCACUUCUUAUCAAACAUCUAAGAAUUCACACAGGAGUGAAGCCUUUUUCAUGUUCAGAAUGUGGGAAAUGUUUUACUGACAAAUCAAAUCUUAGUCAACAUCAAAGAACUCACACAGGGGAGAAGCCAUUUUCAUGUUCACAAUGUGGAAAAUGUUUUACUCAGAAAUCAGAUCUUGUUAAACAUCAAAGAACUCACACAGGGGAGAAGCCAUUUUCAUGUUCAGAAUGUGGGAAAUGUUUCAACCAGAAACCAAGUCUUGUUAAACAUCAAAAAAUUCACACAGGAGAGAAGCCAUUUUCAUGUUCAGAAUGUGGGAAAUGUUUUACUGACAAAUCAAAUCUUGUUAAACAUCAAAGAACUCACACUGGAGAAAAGUCAUUUUCAUGUUCAGAAUGUGGAAAACAUUUUACUCAGAAACCACAUCUUGUUAAACAUCAAAUAACCCACACAGAAAAUAAGCUAUUUUCUUGUUUACUAUGUGGGAAAUGUUUUAUUAAGAAAUCAAGCCUUGUUUAUCAUCAAAAAACACACACAUAG